CGGAGCGGUGACGAGGCGGAGCGCUGACUGUGUGUUUUGUGUCCGGGGGGGGUCAGUGAAGGAUAAGGAAGGGUCCGGCGGAUCAAUAUUACAUAUUUAUACAUCUAAAAUACUAACAAUACAACCAAUACACAAACAUGUCUUCAACCUCCAACAGCAUGUCGGAUCCGCGGAGACCAAACAAGAUCCUGAGGUACAAGCCUCCCUCCACAGAGAACAACCCGGCGCUGGAGGACCCCACCCCAGACUACAUGAACCUGCUGGGCAUGAUCUUCAGCAUGUGUGGACUCAUGCUGAAGUUGAAGUGGUGUGCCUGGAUCGCAGUGUAUUGCUCCUUCAUCAGCUUCGCUAACUCCCGCAGCUCCGAGGACACCAAGCAGAUGAUGAGCAGCUUCAUGUUGUCCAUCUCAGCAGUGGUCAUGUCCUACCUGCAGAACCCCCAGCCCAUGUCCCCUCCCUGGUAACAGACCCGUCCCUCCGUGCCCCUGUCUGUCUCAGCUGGACAGGAGAGUGAGUGAAUGGAGAGGGACAGUCAUGCAGGACCCGGAAUGGAGCUGGAAGAGGACACGUUUUUAAAACCCGUACAGAGCAGAGCUGCCACACGCAGUAAUCAUGUUGUGCUGUGUGGGUCAUUUCAACACAAGGAGUGCUGUGUGUCUCACACACUGACACACGCCCUCUGAACCUCCUAUCAGUUCAGGAUUAAUUGCAAUCACAAUGCAGUUGUAAUUGUGCCACACGACUGAUCGAUCGCAGUUCAGUUACACACUGACUUGUCGUUCCAUCGUUACUCUUGUUUGAAAUAAUAAAAGUUCUGCAGCGUG